UAAAGUGUGGAUUCACCCAACCGUGCGAAAAGAUAAAUUAAAAUGUUAUCAUAAAGUCCACGGAAAAAAACAAAAAUAGCAAGCAAGGAACACUUUGCAGGAAAAUACAAGAAGCUCCUCCAACCAUACUAUACCAUACCAUAUCUACAUUACGAUUUUCGCAAAAACAUCAAGCUGUCACAAAAUUCACACAAUUAGGUCAAGCUGUUGGGGGAAAAAAAGAUUUACUGGAAAUAAUAAUAAAAAUAAUGUAAUAAGGGAAAGAAAGAAAGAAAAGAAAAGAUUUUCUCUUUCUGCUUCACCAAGAAAACGGAGGACAAAGAAAAACAAGAAGAAAUGAAGAUAACAGCGAAAGUUAUUUCGAGUCCGGGUCGAACCGACAAGUUCCCUCCGCCAUUGAUGAGGUUCUUGAGGAGCAAUGCUGGGAGCAGAAGCAGGGGAAGGUCAAGGUCAAGCCCAAUGUUCGUACGGAAGAAGAACACCGCCAUUGAAACUCAAGAACCAUCUUCACCUAAGGUCACUUGCAUGGGUCAAGUUCGGGUCAGACGCUCCGCUGCCGCCAAAAGGGGACGCUCCUCCUCCGCCUCCGCCUCGGCAUCCGCCGCAAGAGACGGAGCUCCUCCGACACGGUGCCGGUGCUGGUGGAUCCGAGAAAACGCUCUGUUCUGCAGACUCAAACCGAACAACAGCAACAAGAAGAAUAAGAAGAAGAAGAAGAAGAAAAACGAGUGCCGGUGCCAACCAGUUUGGCCCAAAUGGGGGUUCUUUCGGGUCGGAAGCUUCCGGAGAAAACCCAGCACGAAGCUCAAAGAAGACUGCGCUAAAUCGGAGUCGAAUUUUCAGAGGUCAAGCUAUGAUGAAUCAGAGGCAGAGCACGAAGAAGAUGAUGAAUCGGAAAUUUACGAAGAAAGAGUGAACCCCGAAGCCGGUUUUGGUUCUUCCAACACGCCGCCGAAGAAUGCUUUGUUGUUGACUAGGUGUAGAUCCGCACCGUACAGAUCUUCGUCGCUGGCCUGCAGAUUCUGGAGUUCGCCGCUAAGGAACAGUGAAGAAGAAGAAGAAGAAGAAGAAGAAGAAGAAGAAGAAGAGAAAGAGUGGCAUGAAACGAAUGAAGCAAGCUCGCAAAGAGAUUCGGUUUCUGAAGAAGAAGCGAAAAGGGUAUCCGAAAGGGACGCAAAGUUGGGGUUUUUGAAGGAGGUAGAGAGUUCGAAUUCAAAUGCCAAAUCAGAGAAGGUUGUUGAAGAUUCGAAGAGUGAGAGUGAAACGCGGCCUAUAAUCCUUACACGGUGCAAAUCGGAACCGGCGAGAACUGGGUACAAGCUGGAUCCUGAGGUAAAUAGUAGUUUCUGGAAGAAAAAGACAAGGUUGGGUCUCGCUGAUAUUCACAUUAUUACUGACUAAUUAAAUCAAUUGAAUUCGUAUAUUAAAUUCUUAAUCUCUUUUUUUGGUUUAUUGAAUUGAAUAUAGUUGUCACUUCUCA